AAAUAUACGGUUGAAGCAGAGACAGUUUCGGAAAUAAAAAAACAUAAGCAGAGCACAUAACAGAAAUAAAAUUGCAAAUUUUUUGCUGCUAAUUGCUUAUAUCUGCUCUACAAAAUUUAAAUUUAUUUGUUGUUUUUUAUUUGUGUUCAGUUAUUUGUGUUAAUGAUCAAAAGAAAAUGAUAGGAUGGUUCAAAGUGAUGAAAAAAUCUUUUGGAGCUCCAUUUUUAUGGCUCAUUUGCUUGAUUUACUUCAAUCAGGGUUUCAGAUCUUUUGUAUGGACAGCCGUUUCCUACCACCUAAAAGAUAGGCUUAAGUUGUCACCUUCAGCCUCCCAAUUUGUGUCUUCAGUAGCAUUUUUCCCAUGGAGCAUAAAACCAUUAUACGGAAUUGUGUCUGACUGCAUACCAAUUAAGGGAAGAAAAAGGAUACCCUACCUAGUAAUUGCUACUAUCCUCUCUUUAGUUCCAUGGCCUAUUCUAGGCAUAAGUUCAGCACUAAGAAGUUCCAAAGGGCACAUCUUAAUCUUCUUGACAGUGCAAAACUUGGGCUCCGCCAUGGCAGAUGUAGUGGUAGAUGCGAUGAUUGCUGAGGCAGUGAGGUUUGAACGGGCCUCAUUUGCAGGAGAUCUCCAAUCUAUAUCUUGGUUUUCCAUGGCUUUGGGUGGAGUAUGUGGCAAUUUGUUAGGAGGAUAUGCGUUAAACAACUUACAGAUAGAUACCAUUUUUCUCCUUUUCUCUGUACUUCCAGCCAUCCAGUUAUUAUCAUGUGGUUUGGUUAAGGAGAAUUCUGUAGGCAGUCAAGCGCUGCCUGAGUUUGCAAGUUCUACAAGAAGCUCAUAUCUUGAGAAUGGGAAUGAUGUACUUUUAGAUGAAGAUAGUUUCUUAUCGAAGCAGCCACAGAGAAGUACUUCAAGAAGAAAGAAGAGCCAAAAGAUUAAUGUGAAAAGGAUAGAUAAUAGUUCUAAAUCACAUAAUGGGAAGGGAAAUUCUUUACCAAUUGGUUGGUUGCAGUCCCUGAAAGCAGCCAGUUACAGUUUGUUACGUGCUUUUAGGCAGCCAAUUAUCUUGAGACCGAUGGCUUGGUUUUUCUUAGCACAUGUCACUGUUCCAAACCUCUCCACGGUUAUUUUCUAUUACCAAACCGAGUCAUUGAACUUGGAUGCAUCUUUUCUGGGGACUGCACGUGUUGUUGGAUGGUUAGGACUCAUGCUGGGGACAUUUAUUUACAAUAACUAUUUGAAGACCAUGAAGCUACGGAAAAUUCUCUUGUGUGCUCAUAUUGGGUUGUCUCUCACGAGCCUCCUAGAUAUAGUUUUAGUGUCCCGAAUGCAUCUAGCCUAUGGAAUUUCAGAUAAGAUCAUGGUCCUUUGUGGGUCUGCCCUUGCUGAUGCAAUCAAUCAAUUCAAGUUCAUGCCGUUCCUGAUUUUAUCAGGCCAGUUAUGUCCACCGGGAAUCGAGGGAACUCUAUUUGCCCUCUUUAUGUCAAUCAACAACUUGGGUUCGACUCUAGGAUCGUUCACUGGUGCAGGACUAGCUUCAUUUCUCAACCUCUCAUCAGGUUCAUUUGACAACCUUGUUUCAGGCAUUGUCAUCCAAGUCCUUUGCACUUACAUUCCAGUUGCCUUACUAUUCCUAAUACCAAAAGAAGCUACAGGAAUAUCAGCAUGAGAUAGGAUUUUCAGGCUAAUCAUCUAGCAGUAGAAAAAUGAGAAAUUUUUUCGUCGAUACUUUUUGUCACAUCCGACUAGCGGAUGAAAUACACAAGAUACAACUACAUUUAUUUAUACUUGUCAGAUCAAUUAGAUCUUUGAGUACAGUGAAAUACAAUGUAUAAGACCUUGCUGAACCAUUCUAAUCAUGGUUCAUUUUGAAAUACAGAGAUUAUUACCGUCAA